AUGAGCGCUGAGAACUUCACUUCGGAAAAAGGGUUCAUCCUCUUGGGAUUCACCUCUCAGAGAAAAGAACAAAUGCUGCUCUUUGUGGUCUUCCUAACAAUCUACUUGCUCACAAUUUUGGGUAACCUGCUCAUUAUCCUAUUGGUACACACAGAUGCCCAACUGCACAUACCUAUGUACUUCUUUCUCAGCCAUCUUGCAGGGCUGGAUAUUGUGUAUGUCACUGGAACUUUGCCUCAGACUUUAGCCCAUCUCUUGGUUGGAAACGGAGUGCUUUCCUUGACACGUUGCAUACUGCAGGGUUCCAUUGGAUUGUGCCUGGGCAGCAUUGAAUGUUUAUUAUUGGGUGUCAUGGCGUAUGAUCGCUAUUUGGCCAUCUGCAACCCUUUGAGAUAUGUCUCUGCCAUGGACAGAAAGCAUUGCCAUUUGCUUGCCACCUCCUGCUGGAUCAUAGGUGGCCUUUUCUCCAUGGUCAACGUUGUUUGCAUCUUUCGCCAUUCCUUCUGUGGUCCCUAUUACAUUAACCAUUUUGUCUGUGAGCUGCAAUUUUUGUUAGAUCUUGCAUGUGAUGAUAUAAAACUAACCAAAGUCAUUCUUAAUGGUCUAUCAGCAUUUAUAGUUCUGAUCCCCUUUUUGGUUAUCUUGUGUUCCUAUAUUUGCAUCCUGCAUUCAGUUUUUCGAAUGCAGUCAGUUGCAGGACGUUAUAAGGUUUUCUCCACCUGUGGCUCCCACCUUGCUGUGGUCACCUUGUUCUAUGGUACCAUCAUCUCUAUAUACAUAAUCCCUCAAUCAAGCUCAUUUUCUGAUAGGAACAAAAACAUUACAGUUGUGUAUCUUGUGGUCACUCCCCUGCUUAACCCCAUCAUUUACACUUUGCGGAAUAAGGAUGUCCACAGAGCUGUGAUCAAGGUGUGGAAAAGAAGGAACUUGGAAGAAAAACCACGAAGACUCUCAUCUUGUUGA